CAUUAUUAACAUUUUGACUACUAAAAUGGCGUCGUGUUUGUUUCAUAUAUUUAAUAUUGUAUCUGCGAAGCAUUUUUGUUAAUAGAACUGAUUGUUUAAAAAUAAUAUAUCAUUGCUUUUAAUAACUCGAUUGUUAACGUGUUCGAUUUCCAAAAAGUUUUUCAAUUUUUCCUAUAAUAUUGUCGAUGGAAAGGCCGUAAGUUAAUGUUCGUGCAAACAACACUGUAUACAUACGCUGGCAAUUCAGAGAACUGCAGUUGUUGUGCUCAAUUAUCAAGUACAAGCCAUUAAGAUGCCUAAAAGGACAAAAGAAUCUAGAUCAUCAAAUCGUCAUUCCGGUAGUCAUUUUUCUCCAAAGCGGUCUACCCGAGGUCCAGAUUAUCCUAUGGGACCAUCCCGAGCAACUAGGAGUGAUAGCCACAAUUCCGGAAGGAUGUCACCUCAUUCAAUGAGUGGAGGUGUCAAACAAGCUAAUGGAAGCCUAAGACAUCAAAUGCAUGCAGAUAGUCCUAUCCUUAUAGAGGACGAUGACGACUAUAAGAAUGUAGAUUCAUCCGUGUUUAGAGACAAUGGCAGUAAUUUGAAACCAGAUAUCGGGGAGAGUACACAAAUUGUUAAACAUUUUGUUGCGUCUGCUGACAGCAGACACCAUGUAACUAGUGUUCCUGAGAAGCCUAUGUUUAGAGGUCCUGAGACUGAUGUGCUACAUGAUCUUGUAAAAGACAAGUUAAAAAUUAUUCGUGUUCAAAUGAUACGAGCUGAUGUGCCCCAAAGUGAUACAUAUCAUAAAUCAUAUACUAUUGAAGAUGAUGCAUCAAGAACAAAAGGUGAUAACCAUCAGCACUAUGAUGACCGUCAAACACAUUUUAAUCCAACAACUUCACAUUAUGAUCAUGACACAAAAUAUGGGUUAAGUCCUCAUAGAGUAUCACGUGAUCGAAGUUUAUCGCCUCGUAGAGGCAGUCGUCCGCCUUCUCCUCCAUUGCCGUAUUCUUCUAACAUCGAUCAUUAUGCGGAAACUAAUACACAUAGAGAUUCAAGGUCUAAAAGAUCUUCGGAUCGAAAUGUUCAUGAUCGUAAUAGCAAAAAACAUAAUAAAUUUGACGAUUUUGCGUCUGGCCCUCCGCCAGAACCCAGAUCACCUAGUAAUUCACACUUCCGUUCAUCUGAUCAUCCCAGACGUCGUUCUAAAGACAAAUUGGUGCGUUAUGACAAUCGCCAAAGACAUGGUGAUAAUUCAUCACCUCCAUAUUUGGAAAAUCGCUAUCCACCAUUCAGGAGUCCUUCUCCUAAUAAUCGUCCUUUUUCUCCUCCUAAUGAACGCCCAUCUAGAAGAGUGCCAUUCUCACCUCCUCCUCCUCGUGAACUAUCUCCUCCCUUGAAUGACCAAACACCUGAUGAACGUGCUAGGAGAAGACGUUCACCAGUUUCGAAACGUGAUAGAUCCAGAGAACGUAGACGACGCUCCUCUCCUAAAAGAAAAACUCCACCAACUGCCAGGUCACCAAGACGAAGAGAAAUUGACCAUCGUAGAAAACGUUCGACAUCUAGGAAUCGCGAAAGGAAAAGAGAGGGUCGAGAGAGGAGACGACGAUCUCGUUCAAAAUCAAAUUCCCCACAACAAGAUCAAGAAGAUUAUAGUCCUUCUCAAAACCAGCCUGUAUAUCCUGCACCACCACAUGGAGUUCGCUUGCCACCACCAAGACCAUAUCUAGGACCAAUGAUGAUGCCAUUAAGACCACCGCCACCUUAUCCCCCUCCAAUGGGUGCUUGGAGGACUCCGAGACCACCCAUGCAAGGUCCACCACCACCUGGUGGCGCCUGGCCAUAUCCACGUCCCAGGCCAUUUUACUUCCCCUAUUAAUUGGAAUGGUACCUGUUUUAGAUUUAAUUCCUGAAGACCAUAUUUAUUUUUCGACAAUGUAUUGUUGUUUCUCAAAAUGUGUUCUAAGCGAAUAAAAUCUGAGAGUGCCGAAUUCUUCCAAGCCUUUCUACUAGCGACCUUAUUCUACACUGUUGUUUAUACUGAUUACAUUUAUUUUUUAAAGUAGUCUGUUUUGCUAAUAUCAUUUUAAACCUGGCAAAACACAAGACUAGGCAUUACGUAAGAAGUUUAUUUUUUACUUUUAAUAACUUUCGACAUGUCAUUUAUUUAAGGUGUGCUAACUUAACAAGUUCUUUUUUAAUUCAUAAAAAGUACAUGCCUAUACUCAAAUUAAAAAAGUUAAAAACAUCAAAAAUUAAAUUUUUAACAAAAAAAAAUUUAAGAAAAUAAAUUUAAUAACUUUUUAGUGUAUAGCCAGUGAUGUGAAUCGUGAUUGGGUCUACUAGUAACUUUUUAUUAAUUAAUAUAUUUUUUUCAUUAUUAAGUAUAUAAAUUAAUAUUUCCUUUUUUAUCUAAAUGUAUAAUUUAUUUUGAUUUAGCUUUUAUUUAUUAAUUUGUUUUAUAUAUUUUUCAUUAUUGCCUAACUAACUACAGAUGGCUUUUUGUUAAGUACCAGAAUGAGAACUCAUUUAUGUAUACUAUACAAACAUUAAUAAAAAUUACAAAUUAAUUUC